GCCGGGCUGGCUCCAGCAGCGCCACGGGCAGCGGCGGGGAAGCGUCUCGCAGCACGGCGCCGCGAUGGCACAGGCUCCCGCCGGCUGCUUGGCUCUGGCUGUCGCCCUGGGCGCGCUGCUGCACGGAGGUCUGGGCCAGGCUCCCCGGGAGUCCCACCUGGCCGCCGCGAGCAGCGGGCACCCGAGGACCAAGAGAUGCUCCUGCAACAGCUGGCUGGACACGGAGUGUAUCUACUUCUGUCACCUGGAUAUAAUCUGGGUCAACACCCCCGGACACACCGCUCCCUACGGCUUGGGACGCGCGCCAAGGCGUCGCAAGCGAUCGCUGAACAGGUGUGAAUGCCUGCACUCCAAGGACAGCAUCUGCACUACUUUCUGCCAGGCAAAGCCUUGGUCUGUGAGGAACCUUAAACUCCCAGUAAGUACUGGAGAGUUGGGAGACAACCCCCACAGCAGUGACACAAAACAUCCACAGUCUGAUCUUCUAAAGGCACUAAGGGACCUUGCUGUCUCAAACUCCCAGCUUUCCAGAAGGCACUACAGCACUCAGAAGGAUGCUCAACCAGUUGUGUUGCCUUGGAAGAAAAGCAUCUGGAAGAAAAAGAGAUAAGGAACAGGUGCAAAUCCUGUUCACCAGAUGUAUUUGAAGUGCUGUGGGUGCCACUAGCUUCUCCCUGGGCAGCUGGAAGAGUGGCAGGAGAGACUGGUGUGUGAAGCGAGUGGGGCUAACUGGAAAAGCAGGAGAGAUGGGAUAGAAGCAAAGAAGAGGCUGCACACCUGCUGAGUAAACCAGCACUCCUAGAGAGUCUUGUAAAGGGGAAAAUGGGGUCUCUCUUCACAUGGUCAUGGAUGUGAUGUGAAGGUGUGAUCCAGCUCCUUGGAUCAAGAAGGAAUCUGGUUGAUGAGGUACCAACUCAACGCUUCAUUGGAUUGCUAGAGAAAUGGCCAGCCCUGUCUGGGUAGUCGAGACGCUGAAAAUAGGUGUGCAAUUCUGAAUAUGGCAGCACUGAAAACUGUCUUAUCACAGGCCUGGUCCAUUGUGCCUUUGAACUGCUUGAACAUGGUUCCAGCUUGUCUGCAUUCAAACAUGGUUUGCCUGGCCAUUGUAGAUGAGGACAAACUGUCUACUUGGGUUUCUUGUCUUAGCACUAUUCCCUUUUGUCUUGGCAAAGACAGUAAGGUAUACAUGUGAAAUAUGGAUUGCUGUGUGCUUUUCUUAAAUGAUUUAUGGGAAGUAUGGCGGCUACACAAAUGGGAAGUCUUGGGCCGGGGUGGGCUUCAUAUGUAUAAUGGUAUGGGUUGGAGGAGGGACCUAGCCUGUGGCCUCGCUGCUAAGCAGGUCACAAGUGGGCCAUUUUCUGGGAGUGGCUCAAGUUUUAAACGGAGUAGGAUCCCUUUUAACUUUGAACACACAUUUCAAUCCAAGAAGGACCUGUGCCUUGUGCAUCAGAUCAGGCUCUUCAGGCACAUGGGUGGGGAAGCUUAAGCAGAGCAGCAUUUCGUCUACUAUCUUGUCUGUCACUAGAAGUGUGUAAGGCAUAAAGUCACCCCUGGCUUGUGUUAGUUCCAUGGGGAGGGGAGGAACUGUUGGAUUUGGAUGCAAAGCCAAGCUGCUCGUCUGAACAAGCUGAGUGGUGGAAAUGCUGUCUCUUCUCCCAAGGCAUAUAAUUAGCUGACUAAAAUGCAUUUAACUUUAACUCUUCACCUAGAAUCCCAGCCUUCUGAUGUGCAUAAAAUCCUACAUUAAAAGAGAGGCUGGGAUAGGGACAAUGACAACAGGUGCUUUUUAAAUUUUUAUUUUUUAUCUUUUAUUGGGGAAGUUGCAUGGAAAGGCUUACUUUUUGCCUCAUUCUAACUUGGAUGCGGUUUGUGUUUUUAAGUUGGAGCCAGGUGGGUGCCCAUAAGGUGAAAUGAAUGCUCAGUAGAAGAAUGUGCCACCAUAUCUGCAAUUGGUGUAGGGAUCAGCUUUCUCUUAAAGAAGAGAGCAGCUUGGACCAAAUCCACAAUUGGAUCUGGAGUAUUCCAAGUCCAUCCAUGCUUGGUGGUGGAGGGAUGCAAGGGAGGAACUUAGCUUCCAUGGUCUAGAAGACUGUCUUUUUAGACAAAUAAGGUUAAGCCUCUGAAAUUGUAUCUCAAGUGCACUUCAGAUUUCCCCCUCCACAGCUGAACUUCUACUGUAGAACAUGAACUGGGCAUCUUGUUAAGGCAGAUGUUAAUACUUAUGUGAAACAACUUCUGGAAACAUUGUUGCAUGACUGCAGUGUGAUACCAAGCCAUUUUGGAAGGGAUGAUGCGUAUGUGUGGAGUUGGGCUCAACUGAACAUACAAAGAAGGGGGGUGGGGAGUGGGAUCAAUUAAUCGUCUUCCAUGUUUUACUUAUGAUGACAAAAGUCAUUAGCUUCCUAGAGCUGGAGAGAGAGAGCUUUUCUUGGCCUUCUGAAGGCUUAAAUCAUCCUGAAAGGAUAUUCUCCAAAGGAAAAUUUUGCACACUGUUUAAUGUUGUCAGUUAAAUAACUACUGCUGUAAAGUACUGUGUAUGUCUAUAAUGUCCUUUCAUAGAAUGUAAUAAUUUAUUGCACUUGCAUAUCAUAUGUAGCAUCUCAACAGUUCUGUGUAUUUAUUUUUUAUUCUGUUUUAGGUAGUAAUUUGCAAAUUCUUAAUUUGUAAUAAAUAAUGACAAAAGUUGA